AUGGUUUACCAGUCAAAGAAUCCCAAGAUCUCCUUCUCCCCAAAGCAGACCUUAUGGUCAUGGCUUCUAGAAUCUAAGCCACUGGCUUCUGAUAGCAACGCCCCAGGCUUUACCGACGCAAUAACGAAGAAGCACCUCACUUACCAGACGCUCAAAGACUAUGCGACAACUUUGUCAUCGAUUCUCGUUUCCCGGUAUGGACUGAAGGAGAAAGAUACAACUAUCGUCAACGGCAAAAACUCAAUCUGGUACCCUGUUGCUACUCUUGCUGCUAUUCGCGUUGGAGCUGUAGCCUGCGGGGUGUCACCAGACUACACCGUUGACGAGCUUUCCUACAGCCUCAAGACCAGCAAAGCUAAAGUCAUUUUCGCUACCGUUGAAAAUCUCGACAGGGCCCAAGCCGCAGCUGCCAAAGUUGGGAUUCCACGCGGAAAUGUACUUCUGCUUGAAGGUUCUAGCAAAGGCGUCACAAGCAUACAGGAACUCCUCGAGAACUCAGCAGGUCUAGCUCCAGUGCCUUCAUUUCAAGUUCCUGAGAGCAAGACAAAUCGUGAUAUUUGUGGUUUCCUCUGUUUUAGCAGUGGCACAACUGGUCUCCCCAAGGCGGUAAUGAUAUCACACGCCAACAUCAUCGCCCAAUGCAUCCAGAUCAAGGAUAUCACCCUUUCUAGCCAUGACCGCGUUCUAGCAGCCUUGCCAUUCUAUCAUAUCACUGGUAUAAUACAUCAGUUACACUUACCCAUUCAUCUGAAUGCCAACGUCUAUGUUCUAUCUAAAUUCACUCUGGACUCACUUCUGCAAACUGUUUCGGAAAACAAGAUCAAAGAACUUUUGAUCGUCCCACCUAUUUUGAUCCGACUAGUUCGAGAGCCAGAGAUCGUGGCAAAGUAUGACUUGUCUCAUGUUGAGCGAUUCUCAUCGGGUGCGGCGCCUCUGUCUCGAGAGAUCCUGGAUCUCCUUGAAAAGGCAUUCCCGGGAACCGGCUUCAAGCAGGGCUAUGGCAUGACCGAGUCAUGCUCAGCUAUUGUUUCUCACCCGCCAUCAAAGUAUGCUUACAAGUAUGCCGACCGCGUCGGUAUGCUUGUGGGAUCUACCGAAGUACGAAUCGUAGACCUUGAGACUGGCAAGGACUGCGAUGUUGGGAAGUCGGGUGAGAUCUGGGCUCGUGGGCCACAGAUGGCUAUGGGUUACCUUGACAACCCCAAGGCAACUCUAGAGACAUUUGAUAAGGAUGGAUUCCUUCACACUGGCGAUAUAGGCCAUUUCGACGAUGAAGGCUUGCUAUCUAUUACCGACAGGCUGAAAGAGAUGAUCAAGGUCAAAGGGAUUGGAGUUGCUCCAGCAGAGCUCGAAAGCAUUCUUCUCGGCCAUCCACAUGUCAAUGAUGUUGCGGUAUGCGGUAUUCCCGAUGAGCGUGCAGGUGAGCGGCCUAAAGCGUUUGUGGUCCUCAAGUCAGAGGAGGCCUCACGACCCAUUGAAGCAGCAAGGGAGAUAUUCGAACAUGUUAAGAAGGAAAAGGCGCGAUAUAAGUGGCUCCAGGAAAUUGAGAUUGUCUCUAUGAUACCGAAAAGUCCAGCGGGCAAGAUCUUGAGGCGUAAGCUGCGAGAAAUGGCGACAAGCGACAACAAGAAUAUUGUUGUUAAGGACAUCAGGUUUGUGUCAAAACUUUAG